AGUCCAGAGCUAAAGAAAAUGGAGUGAGAGAGCUGUGAACGAGUGCAACGUUUCAGGCACGUUCUACUGCUCAUAUUUAAGGGAUGGCAACACUUCUCGCUUGUGGUACUUGGCAGCUUUCUGGUCCUCCCUAGCAGAGAUUAGCUGACUGUGCCACGCCACACACUCCUCUCUGUUGUCAUGUGCAAAUGCAGUCUCACAGGUAUGGAUUCCUUUCGAUUUUAUGGAGUGAGGCGUGCUUUGGAGCGUGUUCUUCAUGGCCAAAAGGAAAAUGAUGAUGACAGUGAUUUUGAUGAUAAUACAGAGGAAUGUCCAGACUAUGGGAGUGAUUACAUGCCGGAUGAUGAAGAGCUGGAACGGGCACCGUUGAUUGAUGAACCUGAUGACCCUCCUGAAUCAAGACCAGGACCUUCACAGCAGAAACAAGGUCACAAGAUGGCUUCCAGUAAAAUAAAACGUAGUGAGCACCCACUAUGGCGUCAAAAAUCACUUGUUGUAUUUUGACAACUGGUUCACCUCACUCCCACUAAUGACUGUACUGGCUAAGAAACAGAUCUACUGUUUGGGUACAGUGAGAAUAAAUUGCCUUCAAGGCAUAUCCUUUGAAAAUGACAAGGCUUUGGGAAAGAAAGGAAGGGGUACACACCAGGAAAAGAAGGCUUUGGUGGAUGAUGUUGUGGUUCAGGCUAUGAAAUGGAUGGACAAUAAAGGCGUCACUUUGCUGUCAACAUUUGCAUCAGCAGAGCCUGUGGGGGAGUGUAAGAGGUAUGACAAAAAGGCUAAGGCUGUGGUCACGGUCCCAGGGCCCUGCAGUUGUG